CUCCAGAUUUCUUGUGGAGGCGCCCCUUGACUGGGAUUUAGAGGAGGUAAGGGGGUGAUAUGGCUUUGGAGUCCGACCCUUCUAACCAUCCAGAAGCAAGGAAAUCUCAAACAGAUGUGCACGAAAAAAGACAAAGCAGCUAUGCAAACCAUGUUUCUACUGAGCAUUUACCUCAAUUAUAUAGUUCAUGCUCCACCAUAUUCAUUGAUGACAGCACAGCCAGCCACCCUCAUCUUACAAUGACACUAAACUCUGUGGCCUUGGAGAUAUAUUAUCAUAUCAAGCAAAGAGAUGCCGAUAGAACUUUGGGCAUCUUUGAUGAACGGUUACACCCAUUUACACAAGAAUGGCUUCUGGAGGAAUACUUUAAGUAUGAUCCUGGACACAAAUUGAUUUUCACAUUUCUUCGUACUCUAUUUAAAGCCAAAAGGCUAACAGCUGACUUGGCAAUCAGAAGUUUGGUAUACAUCGAAAGACAUAAGUUAUGCCGAUAUCAACAUUUGUCCAACCAACUGGAAAAGGAUUGUCUUCGGAGCCACUCUUCUUGCCGUCAGGGUUGGGCACAAUGUGGCUGUGUGCCAUGAGCACUACUGCAAGCUCUUUGAGAACAUUACAGUUGAUGAUAUGAAUGAGUUGGAAAGGCACUUUGUGGAGCUAAUUGAUUUUAAUAUCAGCGUUCCUGGCAGCAUUCAUGGCAGAUACUACUUCGAUCUUCGUGCCUUGGCACACAAGCAUGGCCUGUAUUUGCCAGUUUACCUUCUUCAGAGAGAAAGAGCAUGGAAACAGGGGGUAAGGCCACGAAGUUACUAAGUGGGUUUUCAGUCAAACACCAAUGCCAACAUCUGUGACUAGGUCGUAUUGAGUAGUGAUUAGAAAAAUGGAAAGCUUCAAAAAUAACUAACAUACUGAAGAGCUUAUUAACCUUUUGGCAUUCUAUUUCCUGUAUCUUUUAUGGUUUUUACAAGGAUCCACGUUGUUUGAAAAUUAUAGAUAUUAUCUCUUUUGUGAUCAUAAUUCAGAAUGUUUUAAUAAAAUUUACUUCUUUCUUAAUGAAUCUGAACCUUUGCCCUUGCAAAUAAUCAUACAUAAAUGAUUUCUUGCCAUUGUAUUUCUAAUGAUGUCAAUAUAUGUAACGCACUCACCACUCCUAUUUUUUACUGCUCAGUUUGCAAAUUUCUGUCAUUUUCUACUUUGUAUUCCACAGUGCAGUCAGUCCCAUGGGUUUGUUAGACCAGCACUUAGACUGUAUGAGGUGUGCAUGUCUCAAGUACUGGAUGCAGGAAGUACAUGGGAUUUUACUGGAAAUGAUAACUUUUAUGGGACAAAGUAGUAUUUAUGGUUUGUGACUUUUGGUAAGUACACAGCAAAAUUACAGCUGAAAAGGAUGAACCUUUAAAAUAGGCAUGUUCUAUGGCACCUUGAAAGUAUUUUAAAAUAAUACAUUUUUCUAGCAUAAGUAGUGCAAGUCAAGUAGUGCCUUUUGAUGCUUUAGUUGUUAGACUUCGUUGACAUUCCAAUACAAUCCAGCCCAUGCCUGCCUCAUUAAAAUUUGCUUUGAGUAUGUAGUAACUACUGUAGAUUGGGUAGAAUUUGAAUAGAUUAAUAAACUAACUUUUUACAAAAGUGUGUGUUCAUUAUGUUUAAGGAACAAGUGCACAGGUAACAGGUACUGUUCUUAGAAGCAGGUCACAAUAUUGCGACAUUUUUGAGAUCCCAGUUUCUAAGUAACCUAAUAAAACAAGCUCUCCUUUGCUCCAGCAAUCUAAAUCUAGCCCUGAAAGGAGAUUACCUUAGUGAGCUGCCAGAAGUUGGCAGUGUAAACCUCAGCCAAAGUAGCUGUAGCUGAACUAUCUAAAGGAGUCUGCAUGUGUGGCUUCUCAUAUUUGACAUUCUUAGGCUUUUUCAAGGAUGGAACAAGACAAAGUCUUCUAUACUACUGACAGAAUUGGGUCUUUCAGUGUUGAUGAUUUAAUUCGUCUUCAGCAUGCUAGGGCCAUCCUCUCCUGAAGGAAGAAAUGAGGGGUAAUGUAACAUCUGAACCCCUCAUCAAAAAAGACAGGAACAUACCACUUCUCCUGCCAAAGAACUAGAAAACUUAGUAUUUUCAAAAGAAGAAACACCUCAAUUCAAGUGAACUCAAGGACAACUAAGAUUGUACUUCCUAGUAAAGAAUGGGACCUUGUCAGGGCAACAACACACUCUUACACUCUUCUGUCCCUUUUAAUGUAAACUGUGUUUUAGAAACCACUCCAAAGUGAAGGCUCCUUCUGCCCACAGAAGAAAAGAAAAAGCAAUGGGACUUCAUGUCGAUACCAACUGUAUGUAUAGUAUGUACAUUUUGGGGCUUUGUAUCUACAGAAUAGAUAUAAUGUAGAUGAGAGAUUUAGUGACUUGAUAUGAGUUUGGUGCAGGUGCAUUUGUCACUGAGCCAAAUGAGGCUCAUACUAAGUCAGUAGUUCAAAUGCAGGCAUUCAGUACUCUUUAUGAUGUCCAUUGUAUAGUACCUAUCCCAUGAAGUGGAGGCACUGUCCUGUUAAAUCCAGAACUUACAUAUCUGAGCCAGUGGUAUUUUAUUUGUAGACAAUUAACUUGAAUCUUUACAUUAUUACCAGUAAGUGAUUAUAAAUCUGCUUGACCCUUUAUCUAAAAAGCUAAAUCUUUGUGGCCUUAAGAUUUUCUUUCUCCAACCCCAGUUUCUAUUUCUUGGAGACACGCUGCUGGCAGCCAAAUUGAAUGCUUAUAUUUAGGGGAAAGACAGAAAUAAUUCUGACCAUCUGUUUUUUUUCAGAAUUGCAAAGGGAGAAAAACUCCUCAAAGACAAUGAAAAUUUAUUCCCUAGCAAGAUUGUGCAAGGCCCUGCAAAGUAAAAUGCCCUCAGGCACACCCGGGGGCACAGUGCAGAGUCUCUCAAGAAGGUGGUUAUUGAGUACUUCCCUGAGCAGAAUAGGGGUGGGAGGAUCCCUACAAUAGGAUGUCCUGACUUACACUAGAGUCAGGCGUAUUAUUCCAGCCAGGAGUGUGACUCUUGGGUGUGUCAUCUUGAAAGGAUUUAUUUUCUUAUUUCAACUUGCAUUUUUAAGUAUACAAUGAAUUUUAUUGAUAAAGCUUGGAAGAUGGGAAAAUAUUAUCAAAAAAACAUAAAAAUGUGACUAUCAGAAAAAAAUCUACUCAUAUAUUUAAUUUGUUAAAAAUUCUUA